CUGCCAAGAAAUUUAGUAGAAUGUUAGGUGGUUAACUUCUAGGAAAUAUUAUCUGUAAUCCUAAUGCUGACGGAACUGAAGAUGAACUGAUUUUCUUAAUAGCAACUUCACUUUUUUUUUUCUUUUUAUAAUGUUAGAUACAACGGUUUCUUCUUGUGAAGGAGUUGAUUUUUUGAAGCUUAAUAGAUUUCAUAAAUUUUGCAAAAAACCAGGUUGAGAGAAAGAGAGAGAGUUCAUCAUCCGUUUGAAGAAGCAGAACAGAGACUUGAUUUAAUUAUUGCAUAUGGCAUCGAAUACAAAAACUCUCUUGCAUUUCGAGGAUCUGGCGCUCCCUUCGUUUCAGGUUAUAGUGAUGAGUGCAAACAUGGGGUGCGCUCAAUGCAGAGAGAAAGUCUCUAAAGUUACUUCUAAAAUGACUGGGCUGAGAGAGUACAUAGUGGAUGUAAGCAAUAAACAAGUGGUUGUAAAGGCAGAUUUAGGGUUUCGUUGGAAACUGAAAAAUGAAUUUUCUAAGACCGAAAAGAGAAAGUAUUGGCAACUACUUGGAGUCUUCAAGUGUUUGGGCCUAAUUUGUUUCUGUAAACAGAUAGCAUUAGCUGAUUGAGCUAAGCAUUACCAAGGAAAAAAUAAAAUAAGAAGAAAAAAAGGAAGGAAUUCUUUAAUAUUAUUGUAAUUUGAUUGGAAACUGUGCAUUGUUUGUACGAAUAACAUUCUGUAAUUCCUUGGAAACUUAUUCCAUUUUUAAUCAUAUUAUAAAUAUUCAUUAUUAUCUUUGAUGAAAA